UCGCCCCGCGCGUUCUAUCAUCUCCUAAAAAAUAACCUACUUAGUGAAUAUGAUAAACAACGUGAACCCUUUUUGAAAUUUUUUAUCAAAUACCAAUGAUCGAACUAUUGAUAAAUUGGUACUUUAGUAAAAAAAAAUACUAAUUGAUAAACUAGAGUUGUUGUUAUUUCGGACUAUGUUGAGAAGCAGUAGACUGUGAUGUCGUGUGAAGGUGAGCGUGGGUGUGAAUCCCGGUGGAGUGUGCGUGUAUCGGUGCAGCGGUGAACGUCGCGACGGUGGCGACGGGCAGCGCGCGCGAGCGCGAGAUGGGCGGCGGCGGCGGCGCGGGCGGCGGCUGGGCGCGCGAGGCGCCCGCGCUGCUGAGCACGGCGCUGCUGUUGGGCGGCGCGCUGCCGGAGCGCCCGCCGGCGCCGCUCUUCACCAUCGACAGCAUCCUGGCGCCGCGCCCGCCGCCCGCGAUUCCGCCGCUGCAGCUGCACCAUCUCGCUCACACCACGUUCCACAGAGCGCACGAUCUCUUUGGUACGUCUGCAAAGAUGUUUUUCAUGAACGUGGGCAGCAUGGGCGGCGCCGUUUCCGGCUCGGGCGGCUACGGGCUGUACGGCGGCUACGCGGCGGCGGCGCUGGCGGGGCUGGCGGGCCCACCGCCGAAGCGCAAGCGCCGGCACCGCACCAUCUUCACCGAGGAGCAGUUAGAGCAGCUCGAGAGCACGUUCGACAAGACGCACUACCCCGAUGUUGUACUGCGCGAGCAACUCGCGCUGCGCGUCGACUUGAAGGAGGAGAGGGUUGAGGUGUGGUUCAAAAACCGUCGAGCGAAAUGGCGGAAGCAGAAGCGCGAGGAGCAAGAGCGGCUGCGCAAGCUGCAAGAGGAGCGCGUGUGCGGGCGACUCGGCGCGCGAGGGCCUGCGCCCGCGCCGCCCGUGCUUGCGCACUCGCCGCUGCGCGCGCCGCUACCGCCGCCGGCGCCGCCGCGCUGCUCCGACGACUCCGACUCCGACCUCGAAGUCGCUUGAGACCACCCCCAAAACAGAAACUUGCGUGCUAAACGACUUUUAUCUCAAUUACACGGGUACAGUUUCAGUGAACAAUGAAAACAUGUGAAAUACUAUUUUAAAAGCAAACAAGUGAUGUGAACGCUGUUUUGUCAAUACGUGCAAUCAAAUGGAACGGUAGUGUCGCAGAAGAACUUGAUGCAAUGUUUUGAGAUGUUGACACUUGACGCGACUCUUCGCAGCUUGUGUAAGUUUCUUGCGAAACCGGUGCAACGCUGCGCUGUUUAUUUUCACAAGAGCAACAGACUCCAAUUUAAUUAAAUGCAAGAGAUUUAACACCUAAGAAGUAAUAAUAGAAUUAGGUACUUACCUAUGUAUAGUUCGAGCACUCGACAACUGUGUGUUAAUAUUUAUUAUGUGAAAAAUUUGUAGGUAAUCAUAUUGUAUAUUUUAGACUUUAAGGUACCUACCUAUAACAAGCAAAUAUUGUAAUUAGAUAAUUAUGCUCCACAGAAUAAUCGAAUCGAAUAGAUAAUUGAUGUAACAAAUAACAACAUCACAAUAUGUUCUAUUCAUAUAGAACAUUGAAUUCAACAUUGAGGUAACACGGGUAAAGCAACUUUUUUUGUGUUUUGUUUUUAGACCUAAAAGUUUUCCUGGCUAAAACGAGUAUCUAAGUACAUGACAAAAUAAUAUUUAAUAGAAAAAAACCGACUUCUCAAAACAGUGUGAAAUGCCAUAUAAAUUAUUAGCUGGUAUUUAAUGAUAUAGUAUAAUUAAUCAAUUUCCUCUCGUUUUUCUAGUAGCAUUUCGUUUCUAUAAGGGUCGCAGUUCUAACAUAACCCGCUUCUCUGAUAGCAGUUCGGUUCUGUGAGGACUGCAGUUCAAACCUAAACCUAACCUAACCCACAUAUCUAGUAGCAUAUCGUUUAUGUAAGGGUCGCAGUUAUAACUCUCCGAGUUCAGGUCCGGGUCCGUACCGGGUCCGGGUCCGAGUCCGGGUCCGUAUCCGGGUCCCAGUCCAAGUCGAAAUCGCCAAACGCGCUAUGCGUCGUUGAAGAGUUCCGUUCUGAUCAUCAUCAGCAGUUCCACUUGAUCAAACAGUCGACAGUUUUUAAUGUAAAUGCUUAAUUUUCUGAUGAAAAUACAAAAAAUAUCUCUAUACGUAUGCCUUUAAGAUUUGAGGAGUUCCGUCGAUUCCUCGUGGAUCCCAUCAUCAAAAAUCGAGCUUGACAAAAAUAUGUCUUAAAAACUUAACUUGCUUAACAAACAUAACGAAGAGGACACAUUCAUCGCCAAACGUGAACUAUGCGGUCUAUGCGUCGUUGAAGAGUUCCAUUUUGAUCAUCAUUAGCAGUUCUACUUCAUCAAAUGUCACUUUUUUAAAUCUAAAUGCUUGAUUUGUUGAUGAAAAUACUAAAAUCACUAUAUAUUAUGUAUGCACUCUACAUUUGAGGAGUUCCCUCGAUUCCUCAUGGGGGAUCAUCAGAACUGCGUUUUGACAAAAAUGGGACCAAUUUGUAUGUACUUAUAUACUUACAAUCAAAAAAAUAAUUUUCAAAAUCAGUCCAGAAAUGACGGAGAUAUGGAGUAACAAACAAAAAAAACCUUUUGAGAAGUCUGUUAAAAAUACAAAGGAUAUGAAGAUGGAUACCUACUGUAGGUGUAGACUUAAGUAUUCGUCCACAUAUAUCCACGUUCAGUCGCCAUCAGAUAUAUUGAAGCGGCCAAGGUGCUCACAAAUAUCUAAACACGCCUCUUUUGUCAAGGUGUUAGAGUACGCAAUUGUAAGUAAUUUCGCUGAGAUGGCAAUGUGUGGUAUGUAGACCGUACAGCGUGAUCAAUUUUUGAGCGGUCGCUCCGAUAUAUAGAUGGCGGAUGUACUAUCUAAAUAUAGGACAAAGGUAGGUAGAUAUGUGUCGAUUUGCGUUUUUGUGUUCUCGGUGAAUUAUAUUUUCUUGUAUUUAUUUCACUUUAAGACGCGAAUCAAAAACAGUUAUAUGGAUGUUUCAUUCUGUCAAGCAAGCACUCGUUUUAGUAAAAAUUCUUCUAGGUCUAAUAACGAUGCCAACUGGACUUUUCCUUUAAACAUAUUAUCUGUGGCAGGUGGAUGGUUCAAUGGAGAAAAUUAUCACCACAAGUUACUUUUUUAGCCAUUAGGUAGUACCAGUAAUUUGACCAACUACUGUAACAUCGUACAUAUACUCUUCUUCUUCCUCGCGUUAUCCCGGCAUUUUUGCCACGGCUCAUGUCCGCUUGACAACUAAUCCCAAGAAUUGGCGUAGGCACUAAUUUUUACGAAAGCAACUGCCAUCUGACCUUCAAACCCAGAGGGUAAACUAGGCCUUAUCGGGAUUAGUCCGGUUACACAUCGUUGCCUAUACGUUUUAAAUAAGCAUUACAUCCCUAUGUAAUUAACUUUAUUUUUUUAUGGGAUCAAUUCGGUCUUGCAAACGCUAAAUGUUUUUUUUUUAAACUUCUGUAUGUCUAUUGUGUACAUACAGCGUUACGACAUCAACAUUAUCAACGUAUCAAUAAGCCCCCAGAUCAGAUGUGUUUUAUUUUGUACAGUUGGUCAUAAUUACUAAAUAGGUAGCGCAUUUUCUACGUUCUUGUCAAAUCUCGUACACGGAUUUCGAUUUUAAAAAUGGCUAGUGGCUUGUCACGACGUUUACUUAUUUAAGGGGCCCACUGACUAUCAGUCCGCCGGACGAUAUUGGC